AUAAAGGAGAGAAGCCUGAUGAGGCUGUUGUAGGGGGUGCAGGGUGAAGAGAAGGUGGGAAACAGGCACUGCUUAUGGCUGUGGCAGACAACCAGACACCCUCAACUACAGACUGAAUCACCACAUGAGCUUCCCUAUGACACAGCCUUACAAGACAGGAGGGCUUUGUGAUGCAGUCUGGGAGCCUGGUUCCGUCCUCUGUGAGGCAAACAUGACAAGGCCUGGCAUUGGAAGCCAUUAAACACUAGAACUCUGAACGCCUAGAUAGAGGGAUGGCUGGUCUCCUCAUGCUUAUGAGGUUUAGACCAUGUUGAGCUCUACUUUUGUUCUGGAGGACAUUGGAUAUUGCUUAUAUACCUAUGGAUCCAUCUUAUUUAUUUUCCUAAUUCUCUGGCAACUGAGAAGGAGUUACUGUGGAUUGAAGUUGGAACCUAAAAGGAGUUGCUGCCGGCGUCACCGAAAAGUCAGGCAGAGGGCCAGAGAUGCAGCAUCAAGAGCUAGGAGACUUUCCCAGGAAGAAGCUGAGAAGCCGUGGGAGCUGAUCUCAGUCAUGAAAAGCCAGGGCUGGCUUCCUGGGGAUCGAAGUGUGAGGCGGCUCCUGUGUGAAGACCCCUGUUGCCAAACCUGCAAUGCCCUGGCUCUGGAAAUUCACCAGUUACUGGCUGGGGAGAGUAACCAGGUUUCUGCCACUCUAUCAGGGACAUCGCAGGGUUCUUCUUGUUUGGAGAUUUUGUCCAUAUCUAGUGUAUCUUUUGAGCAGAGUCUGGAGAUUCAUUCUGAUCACUCUGAAGAGCUCUCACCACCAGCAUUGGUAGCCCCCAAACUGGCACAAGCAACAGAGGCCAAAUACUUAACCCAGUCAGCUGUCCAAUCAACCAGUGCAGCCAGCAUCCAAGAAUACUGGGCUGAUUACCUCCAGCUAGAGCAGGAAUUUCAAGUACCAGAGAUGAUCUUGGGCCCAGAGACUAUGGCUUCUUCAGUGCUGGAGGAAACUAGAGUUCCAGAGAACCAGCAGGAGAUGGUGGAGAUUAUUUCCACCCAAGUCCAUGAUUGUCAAACUCUGCAGCCUUUGAAUUCCCAGGUCUCUUUAAUGACCCUAAAUCCAGAGAUCACCACUCUGAAACAUCCCAUGGCCUUGCAAAUGGUACCCCAUGCCUACCUGCCAUUCCUUAGUCCUGAAGCCCUAAGGCUUCUUGAGAUACAUGUGAAAAAGUGGAUGCAUUUUCAGAGAUGGGGGCUCCCUAGACGUGUGGAGGAGUCUCUUCGGCAACUUAUGCCAAAUCCACCAGUCAAUUACCAGCCUGAAAAUAAUGAACCGGUUUCUUUCAUCUUGAAUAAUGCAUCUCAGGUCUCUGUUAAUGGCUUUGGAACCAUUUGCCACGAGGCCUGGUGUUCAUGUACCGCUGGCCAGCCUACCCAGACAUUCUGGGUUUCUGAAUGGUCCAUAAUGGACCCAGAACAAAGGCAACACUGCCACCAAUUUCCACACCCUAUGGCCUUAGCAUUAGCCUCUCCAGCAACUAAAGAUCCAAGUGGCUUCCAUCCAUUCCUUGGUGAACAGGAUAAUGAUUCAGGAGUCCACCUGAAACAGAAAUACAGCCAACUAUUCUGUGGCCUCCCUUCCCUGCAUAGUGAGUCUCUGGUUGCCACUUUCUUGGGUUCUCAAGGCCUCUCUGAGAAUGAAAACAUGUCUAAGCCCUCCUUGAAGGAUCCUUUUCUCAUCAAGGAGUAUUCUCUCCUCCCUCUGAUGCCAAAAACUACACCCCAGUCAUGUGCACCCUCUUCCCCACCUUCCCCAAAUUGGGUGGCUCCAUCUGACCAUCAACAAGCUCAGUUCAACGUCCCAUUUCUGACUCUGGCUGAGUAUGAAACCUUGGAAUGCCACCUGCUGCAGAGGCAGCUCCAGCUUCAAUGGGGCUUGCCGGCUGCCUUCCGGAAAUCUCAGCAUGCCCAGAGCCCCAAGCAGUAUGAGUCCUAUGGCAAAGCCCACUCUCCAGAGCCUCUGAAAACUUGCUGGUCGGCAAAGCCUGUCUCAGUCCUCACCAGGGAACUGCUCUUCUUCCCGGAAAAUGCCCGGAGGAUGUUGGAAUUCCAUCUCCAGAAGCAGCUGAUUCACCACCGCUGGGGUCUGCCCCAGAAGAUCCAGCAGUCCAUCCAAUUGCUCCUUUCCUCCACUGACCAGCAGGCGCUGGCCUGCAGCAGCGAAGAUCUACCCGAUGAGAGUGCACCCCAGACCAUAGCCCUAGACACCAACAGGGCCGGUGACCUGCUCUCACCCAUUGUGACCCCAGUAUUGAUCCCCAUGCCAUACUUGUUCACGCAGGCCAAGGCAAUGUUGCACAGCCACAUCAACUCUAAGUGUGCACAGAUCCAACAGGGCAAGGUUCCUGCGCGUGUCUAUAACUCCUGGAACUGCAGAAUUCCUGGGGGCCUGGCAGUGGUUCCCUUUUCCUGCAUUCCAGAAGUCCAGCCCCUGGAGCUGCAGGAAGCAACUGACCCUGACCCACAUCACGAAGUCAUAUCCUGGAUGCCAAUAGAGCUUGAGCCACAGCAACAGGCCCUACCACGUCCUGUCCCCAGACGCCGUAAGCUGCCCCAAGCCCUGUCUGAGGAAGUCAUUGAGAAACUGGAGACGACUUUACGGCACAAGUACCUGGCCUUCCUGUCGGGGCUGUCUGCUCUUUAUUAUGUGGCUCUCUCCAGGGCCACGUCCCCAGCCAUCACUAGCCAAUCUAUAAUCACAGAGGUGGUAUCUGGGCCUAUCGAAAUCCCAGCAGAGCCUCCAACUCAGAUGAUUUCAUUUCAACAACUAGGUUUGGAUUUUGGGCCGUGCUUUCCAGAUGACAACAAGACUUGUAUAAACACUGCAGAGGAGCUCCACAUUGAACAGCAAGAAGAAGAAAUGAUGGAGAUGGUGCUUCUAGAAAACCAGCCACAACCUGCUAACCCCUACUCAAUCAAGACGCAUAUCUUGACCAAACUAAACUUCCACCUGAGAAAAAAGAUCUUAGAGAUACAGUUGGGAAUUCCUGCCAGGGCAAGGGAGUCCAGGGAAGAAACUGCCACAAAUCCAGAGAACAUGUACCUCCAAGAGUCUCUUGGGAAUCUCAACAACCAAGAAAACGCGUUGCUCCAGGAACCACCCAUCCCACCAGACACGCUUCCCGUCCUAGAACCAGAAUGGGUCCUCUUUAAGGAGCAGCUGGCCACUGAGUUGAAGGCAAUGCAGCAGAACCCAAAGCAACCUACUUGCAAAGAAGUGCCCCACGGUUCUGCCCCCUGGGCCUCCAGGAUCUCACAGCCCACUGGGGACAUGACGGAGACCCAGGUGCUUUGUGUUCAGGUGGAGGCCAGUGAGAACAACCCCAGCCUAGAGGAAUCCUGGAGCCCUGAGCCCCAAAGCCUGGGCAAGAACAAGGACUCAGCCCCACUCCGCAUGAUGCCUAAGAAGAGAGAGGACUCAGGGACACUCAAAGGAGCAGGAGACCAUGGGGAAGGAGAUGCAGGGCUUGGGCCCUCCUUACCCAGAGAAGAAAGACAUUCUGUUGAAGAGCAGAGGCCAGCAGGGAUGCCUCUGAACAGGACACCUCGAGGCUCCUGGCGACGGAGCCAUAGCUUUCAUUUUGCUGAUCCCUGUCAACACAGACCCCAGAAUCACCCUCAGCUUAAGGCCCCAGAGCUGCCUCCAGGAGUCUCUGCGGCAAAAGCAUCAGAGAAUGACCUGCAAGCUAGUCACACCAAGCUUAAUGUUAUUCUCCAACCAGCAAGGAUUCUUGAGAAUGCCCAGCCUGUGCUGGCCCAGGCUCCCCAUAGCCAGCCUCUCCGAGGCCAACUGAUUCAGGGGAAAGCUUUGCAGGGCCACACGUGGCAAAGUCUGCUUUUUGAGGGGCAGGUGAAGCCAGCCCACCCGCACAAGAGGCCCAGCCCUCCAGAGGCCAGCUUGUUAAAUAAGAUGAAAUCCUUUCUGUAUUCUUUUAACUCCAAGACGAAAGGCAAAGGGUGUUUGGAAUCCACAUUUUCUGCAGCUGAGAAAGUGGCCAAAAGCAGAAAAGAGAAUGCUGAGAAGAGCCUGGCUCCAGCCAGAAGCCCCAAGAGGAGAACUAAGAUGGACAAGCCAGCAGGGCACCCCAAGGGCCAAUCAUGCCCCACGGAGAAGCUGGGGGGCUCGGCUUUCCUGAGGGUUUCCCAUUCCCCAGACACUAAGCUCCGGCUGCGCUCCCAACACCAGGGCUCUGCCUCAGUCCCAGCCCUUCCCCGCCAUUGCCCUCGGCACUGUCCUCGAAUGGCCCGUGCCACCCAACCAGGGAACACUUUUAGCUCCCAGCCCUACCUCAGACCGAAACACUGGUCUGCCCACGAGGAUGAGAAGUAAGAACCUAUAGGUGCCCCCAAUCCCCACAUCCGUUGAGGAGGACUGCUAUUGUCAUUUCCAUUAAGGCACAGGUGGGAAGAGCCCCACCCAAAAUAUACUCUAUGUGUCUAAGCCAAGGGUUGUCUGUCUCCUCCUUGUCUCCAUCA